AGAAAAGUUAACCCAUGUGUAUCGACAGUAAACAUAGCUAGGCGAAAGCACUUGCAGUACGUCCAAGACUUGUUCAUUAUGAUUUUAUCAAAGUGUGUAUCGAUAGUCAACUUGGUUUUUAUUAUGGAAAUGAAAAUUUAUUUGAUUCAUGGCUUCAUAACUUUAAACUCAAAAAGUUGGUGAUUUUAGAGCAAACAAGCCCUGUUAUCACAUUGUAGAAAUUUAGAACAAGUGGUUGUAAAAUUACGUCCUAAAAUGAUUACUAAUAGACGGCGGCUACCACUAGUAGAUAUUAGGGAAAUUGUUUCCUGUUCUUAUUUCCUUUUGAUGCCAGAGUGUAUAGCAUUGUCACAUGAAAUGAAAAAUAACAGAGAGAGCAGGUGUUUAAAAUAUAUACAUGUUGGUGAUGGAGAUAGACAUCUCAGGCUUUGAAGUUCACCCCUUUUAUGAAAAUGGUUAUUGUAAAUUGGAUUUUGCUGAUACUUCUUGCACAUUUGUAACAAGGUUGAUGUAAUGCCAAUUUCUUCUACUUGGUGAUGAUGUAUCAAAGCCUUAUAUAGCUGUUAACACUGUUGCAUAUUGCUGUCAAUAUCUUACACAAAAAAUAUAACGUAGUGUAGCAGUUUAUCAAAUAAUGUUGCCCUAAAUUAUACAUGUAGUAUCAGUAAAUAAGGGGGUCAAUAUAGAUAACAUGUCUUAGUUGUAAACAAACUCGGGAGAUAUAAGUUCAAUGUUUCUAUAUAGUUUGGUCACCAGGUAGGUUGUCAUACUGCAUUUAAAGGAUAAAGAAACCAUUGGUCAUACAAGCAGGUCUUGAGUGGCUGCCAGCAUGACUGUGAUCUAGUGUACAGCUAGGAAAGAAACAACUGACCAGCAUGCCUGAUGAGGCAGUGACCCCAGUGGUUACUAACCAUACUGCUGAGGCCUCCCAAGGGGAACCAACAGACUGGAGUCAUGUGCUGGCAGAGUUUACUGGGAUGGAGGAACUGCAAGCCCCUAUAAGGGCUUCUGCAAGGAUCAAAUACACCAGUUUGUCUGUUUCAAAGCAGUACAUUGCCCUGGGAUCCACCACUGGUGCUGUAUACAUCUUCCAGAAGAGUGCAUUGAAAUACCUCCAGUUGCUGUCAUCAGAAACUGAAGGCUCCGUGAUUAAAGUGGAAUUUUCUCCUGAUGAUGAAAUAUGUGCCUAUGCAACCAGCAAAGGAUAUGUUGUUGUCAUGGAGCUCAAUAUUAGUAAAAGGGGCAAACCAGAGCGUCUGAGGCUUUCUGUAGACCACAAGAAUGCUACUAUAACAUCUCUUUGCUGGAAUGAUCUUGGGACAAGGCUCUUUAUAGGGGAUAACACUGGAAAAGUAACAGCAGCUAACAUUUCAACUUCCAAGGCUAAAGAUCUGAUCAAACUCCCCUCAGAGGUCAUCUUGAGAUUGGACUCAGCUGUGGUCCAGAUGGACUUUUUGGAUGGAAAGUUGCUUAUUUCUACUCUUACCAAGAGUUAUCUCUGUAACACAGUCAAACAAACUUUCACACAGAUAGGUAAAAAAGCAAGGGAUGGCAGAUAUGGUUCCUGCUUCUUCCAUGGACCAAAAAUACCAAAUCCUAUCAUCUACUGCUCCCGACCUGGGUCCAGGAUGUGGGAGGUUGAUGGUGAGGGCAAUGUUCUGAACACACACCAGUUUAAACAACUUCUAGCUAUCCCUUCCAUGCCAGUUAUCUCAUACAGGUGCACAGAUGAGAUACCAGACAUUUCUACUGAUCGUCAAGGCACACCUCUGUCCACUAACUUGCCAGUAUUAUUGUUGUCUGGAGAACAGUUCCUUCUCUCAUGGUCUGAAAAAGGCAUUUAUGUAUUUGACCCAGCUAAUGUCAAAGUGGUGCUAUGGACCAAUCAAUUCCAAGAUAUAGAAGCUUUGCAGUGUCACAAUAGUGAUGUUUACUUUCUACAUGGUGGUAGUAAAGUGACUAAACUAUCUAUUAUGCCUGUGGAAAAAUGUGUCCUGAAACUCUUCGUCAAACAACAAUGGAAAAAGUGUGCUCAACUUUGUGUGAGGUUUGCUAACAUUAUCAUCAGUGCUGGUAGUAGGCGUCAUGUAACAGAAGCCAUGUUGAGUGACUUACGUGACCACCUUCAUGCUUUGAACAUGGGAGAGCUGGCAAUGAAAGUAGAAGAUAUUAUUAUAAAACUGGAGCCUGAUAACCAUGACAAAAGUGGCUCAUCCUUGAGUAGUCGAAGAAGUAGCGGAUCUUCUUUAGAGAGCAUGAAGUUGGAAUCUGGGAUCUAUGUGGUCAAUUCUAAACCCAAGAAAAAAGCUGAGAACGACAGGAAAUCUAGCAGAGUAGCUACCCCAACAAAUAACAGUCCUCCUAGUAAGAUACCCUCACCAAAUGAAAAAAAUGAUGAUACCAUCUCAGUUGAUUUACCCGAUGGAAAAGAAAGCCAAGCAAUCAGUCAAUAUCCAAAUGGUUCUCCAGCAAACACAAACUUAGAAACAAGCAAGGACGUUGACAUAACUCCUAGCAAAUCUGAAUCAGAUCUUGCAAAGCCUUUAUCCACAAAGGAGGCCACAAUCAUUAUAAGUGAGGUUACACCAGCUGCUGAGUUGACCACUUCUCAUGUGCAGAGAAGUUCCUCUGGGUCUAGUUUGCACAGUGCUCACAGUGCUGAUGCUGUGCCACUAAAGAGAAAGCUGUCCUCAGAGAGUCUGGUCAGCUUGGAACAAAAGAGCCACAGUAGUACUAGUAGCAGGAGGGGGUCUUUAACAAGCAUAUCAAGUGGAGAUGUGAUACAGUCUAGACCAGAAUCUGUAGAAAUUGUAGUGAGAUCAAGAAAACCAAACAAGCUGAAAAAGAAGAGAGGUAGCUCUCCAGCAUUACUCACAGCAUCACACCCAGAGAAAGUGCAGGAGAGUAUAAGUGACAUACAGCCUGGAGAAGCAAACCUGCAGGCAGAGUCUAGCUUGGAAAUGAGUUCAGAGUCGGGACACUUGGAGUUCUCGGGAUCAUUUGAAGCAUCACAGGAAUUUGAUCCAGCAGCCACAGUGCCUGCAUCCAGCUCACCUAAAACCACACUACUUGCCAUGAAAGAAAGGUUUUCGUCUAACUUUUCUACGAAGACCAAGUCCAUUUUUAAGACUUUCAAAGAUCUGAAGGUCAAGGCAAGGCUCCCUAAAAGAGGCUUCCAAAGUAGCGAAACAGAUUUGUUAGACAUCAAAGAUCCAUCCCUACAGUCUUACACCGAGGAAAGUGCCUUUGUGAAAGCGGAUGUAGAAGACGAAGAAGAUGAAGAAAUCAAACCAAAGUCUGAAUUUCCCAUAGUGGACACUUCCAUAUUGAAAGAAAAAACUAAUUCAACAAGGCAAAAACUCCGCAGUUCUGAAAUAUUGACCCAUCCUCAGGCAACACAGCAGGUGUUGUCACAAUGGGUGAGGCACCUGCAUUCCACCCUGCAGUUAUUACACACUGCAAUACACAGCCUUAAGAAGCAGAAAUUGCUACAACAACAGCAGCAGGAAAACCUGACAUCUAAACAAGCUGGAGACAAUCAGCAUGACACAUUGGAGCAGUCAGGAGAUGAUCUCUCCAGCUCCAAUGAGAAUACUUUGAUGGAAACCCCACAGGAAUUGGUUGAAAAAGAUGAAGGAUCAGAGAUUGAGAUUGCUCAAAGUUUGCCUACUGACAAACUGUUACCUAAAGAAAUUAUCCAAAGAACGGAGACAUCAAAUUCAAAUGAUAUGCAAGGAAUUAGUAUUUGUAGGAGGUUAAGUUAUGGUGGAGAUAGGACUUCAAGGAAACCAACAGAUGUUCCUGGUUAUGGUGUCCAUGAAAAUAAAUCAGUCUUUGAUAGGAAAAUUGAGAAUAGUCAUGACAAUAUCACGGUUGAGAAGUCUGAUCAGGAAGAUGAAAUUCUUGUCACAAGUAGCCACCUUGGCCAAUCACCAGACAAUGAUGAUGAUGAUGAUGAAGGCAUUGUACUUACACUUUCAGCAAUUGCUAGUGAGGAAAUGGGUACUACCACAUUAAAUGAGAAUGCUGAGGUAUCAGAUGGCAAUGAAAGUGAUCAUUAUGAAGUACCUUACAAAUACAAUCAGGAUGGUGCAAAAAUGUCUGAUGAAGCAAAAAAGGCUGCACAAACACAAGAAAGUUCAUCACUUGGAAGCAGCACAUUGUCAGAAUUAAGUUCUGAAAGUGAACACUUGACCAUCAACAGUCCUGAAAAAUUCAGCAACGCAGUAAGUUCUAAAUUGGGAAUUCGUUCAUUGGAUUGUGAAAAGAAUGCUGUGUCACAUGACAAUGACAGGUCACAUGACCUGCCCCCUAGUGGUGCUAUUUUGACGGAUGAAGCGAUUAAGGACACACUGUCACAUUUGUUUGACAAUCCAAUUUAUGUCAGGGAUCCCUUUAAUUUGGAGAAAGAUAUCCAUGAGCAGGUGGCAGAGUUAGCAAUGCUCUGUUUUGAAGCUCGUAUUCAUGGAGGCAUUUCAUUGUAUAUUCAGCCAAACUUGGAAAAUGACUGUGAUAAAACAGAGUCCAUUUCAGACCUUCUUUUGCCAAAGGGUGCUUUUCUUGCUAAUGGUGAUGUGAAACAGACAGAAAAUGACAGUGGCAUGUGUCAGAUGAAUGGUGAGCUGACCAAGGAAUAUAAUUCCACGGCAUCUACAUGUAAAAGUAAUUCUGUGGUAAGCCCAAAGCAUCACCGUUUUGCAAUGUCUGAAGGACAAUUGAUUGGUGCUGAAGAUGCACAAGAAGAUGUUGACAUUAAAGAACUGGGGAUCUUUCUUAAGUGUUAUUUUCAUCUGCUAGACUGUGAAAGAAUUAAGAGAGCAUUGAGACAUUGGCGUGACUCUAACAGGAAGAUGGUGUGGGUUGCAUUGUUGGAAGCUUUAAAAGAGCUUGGCAAGUUUGAUUUGGUGGCAGAAUGCUUAAAGGAGAGAAAUGUUAAUGGGGCAUUAGAUCUUCUAAGGAGUGGGGUACUUCAUGACAAGAGACCAGUGCUGGCACAUAUAGUCAGGCUGUUUCAGCUCAGCCCAACCAAGACACUAGAUUUCUGUGCUGAAGACCAGAAAUAUGUGUCUCCCAUAGAUGUCCUCUACAUGUGCCAAGAUCACAGUAAAUAUCCACAGCACUUAAUUCACUAUGUCAAUAGAUGCCUGGAGGAUCUUCCACCAAGACAAAGAAAAGCAGCCAUUAAAAGCAUGUGUAAAGACCGUGACUUUUAUCUCAGUUGGAUACAGUGUCUUCUUGUGACAGAUGGAGCAAGCAAAGAACACAUGCAGUGUUCCUGUGGGAUGCCUAGGCCAGGAGCUCACUUGUUCAAGUGGACACAGGAUACUGUGAUCAGUGAAGCACAGAAACAUGGAGGCUGUGACCAGGAGGUACACCAGAUCUUCAAGGAGCAGGGGUACUGGCUAGGUUAUUUACAAUUAUGUGACAAAACUCGGGAGUCCACACGGAGAGAAGCAAUAGAAAUAGUUCUUCAGCUUGGAGAUGAACAGUUACUUCAUCAUGGACAUAAACUAGGUUGUUACCCAAGAACUAACCGGGAUUGGGAAUAUGUCUUCCAUUUAAAAGAACUCCAGAACUGUCCAUCUGGAAACACACCUGACACAAUGAAUGCUCAUGGCCCCUUAUGUGUCAAAUGUAAGGACGUCUUAUUACUGGAUUCCAAUACUUCUGCAACAAAUGCUCCAACACAUCUGAUUGGUUGGUCACCUACUGUCACAUGGGAGAAUCUAGCUCGUCUAUUGGUUCGCAGUGUUGGGGGUGCCAAAGCAUUGGAUCUACUGGGCACUUUCAAGAUUCCCGAUGGUACACUUUCUGUGGCUUUCCUACAAAACACACUAUGUACAACUGUGCUACAUCAACAACAGAGACUCUUGGUUCACAAUAUCUUAGAGACAGUAGAUACCUAUCUUUGGUCACAGAAACCAACACAUGUAGCACCACAGGUACUGUUUGCCAUUGAAGAAGAGAAGAUUUGUAUAGCAUCUAGGAGUCGAGGGGAAGAGGUCCACCUGAAUGAAGCCCUGCAAGCAUUUUUGGUCCUUGGAAGACAGUUUACUGAUGUGAGUAGUAGAACAGACAGUAAGCACUGGCUGGAGGAACCAGAGGGUCACUGGGGAGUCCACACUGUCAUCACUGGUGUCUGUGCUGUAUGUGAGCUUCCACUGAAGGAGCAGGUAUCUAUUGCUGAGCCAGGACUCCUGGUCUUUGACUGUGGUCAUAGUUUCCACAAGAAAUGUUUACCAGAGCAAGCAUGCAUGCUUUGUUUGGAAGAUAAUUUGAUGUCACAAGAAUCCAUGAAGUGAAGUGAACCAGCCUUAAAUUGAAAGCAUUUGACUCCUAGGGGAAAGGAUUUGUGAUUAAGAGGUUAAAAAUAUUUCUGUGCCUUACUUUUGCUACAGGCAUUUGCUAAAAGAACAAGAUUUAUUCAUCAGUAGAUACACAUCGUGGGUUGUAAACCCCAAAGACAAUCAAUACAGAACUAAGAGAGGCCAAAAAGAAUAAAUGAAGAAUUGGAUAAAGGAAAAUGUCACUUUUUUCCUCAAGCACAUCUCAUGAUCAAGAGAUAGUGAAAUCAGUACUUAAUAAUCACUGAGAAGGGAUUAUUUGCAUAAUUGCUAAUAUUUCAAUAUUCAAAAUUUGUAGAUAGUGUUAUUUCAGUAGAAAAGCACCUGAAUGAAAACGAAAAAAAGAAAAUAAGGGAAUCCAUAAUAAAGUGCAUAAAAUGUUCAAGUGAUGCAAGUGAUGUUAAAGGAGACUGCUCAUAAUAUUCAGUUUCUAUAAAAAUGAUUGUGUAACUUCUAAUAUUGAGAGUAGGAAACCUUGCUGUAGCUUAUUUAUUUUUAAUUCAGAAUUUCUGCAGAGGUUCCUGCCAGUAGUAUUAAAUUCAUUACAGCAUGGAAAGAUAUUGAAUAGAUAUGGUUAAAGACAUUUUACCUCCUUAACACUAAAUGGAUUUAGUUAAGGGUUCCAGGUUUAAGAUGGAAGACUUAUUUGUCAUACUUGAAGUUAGAAAAAGAGUAUUUGAAAGAGAUUUAUAGUUAAAAGUAAGUUAUUUAUUCACAAAUUUUCAAAUUUUGCCUAUCCAGUAUCCAUGACUUUGAAUUACGUAUACUACAUACUUUGUUUAUAGGCAUUCAAUAUGCUUUUUUGAUCUUUUGAAUAUUUUUAUUUUCAAAUCUUACUUAAAACACUUGUGGGAAAGAAAAAUAAUCAGUUUUGAGAAGGUUAUCAGAAAUUACCUAAUACCUAACACUAUAUUUUGUCACCUAGAAAACAGUUUUGGAUUGUAUAGUUUAAGAUUUAAUCAUAUUGAUUGAUUUAAGUGGUACAUUAUUUUCAUAUUUAAAUCGUGUAAAAUGCAUAAUUGAAGGUAAAGAGUUGUGAAUUUAUACUCCAUGUGUCAAGCUGCUGCAUGUAGAAGUGAUUAAACAAAACAAUUGCCAGGUGCUUGCUUAUAGCAUAAAAAUGUAGCAGAUGUUACACUUAUGAAUCAUCCUUUUUUUGCAAGAAUUGGCUGAAUGCAAAGAACAAACUGUGAUAAAUUGUAAUUUUUUUAAUGUUUAUUGAAGGAAAGUAAUUUUCUACAGGUAAUCCCUUGAAUAUAUAUUUGAGAAAAUAAACUAAGAAACGUUGUC